AUGAUGCAACCGGAGCUGCUUAUGCCCACAUGGCCAAACUACAACUUUGCUUGCUCACCGUUUGAUCAAAAGGUGUUGUAUGAUCAAGAAAUGGAUCUUUGUGUGGUUGAUGACUGUGAUUUUUCCUAUUCAUUCAUCACAUCACCUCAAGACUCCUCUGUUUUGUCUUCAAACUCAUGCAUCCCAGCCAUGAUCCUAGAUGAGUAUCUUGAUCUAAAAGAUUCGUGCAACGAAUUUCAAACAUCUUCAGCCAUGGAUGGAAUGGAGAUCAUUUCAAGAGGAGAUAUUGAGGGGAUAUGUGAAUGGAUAAAUGGAGAUGGAUACAUCCAAGAAGAUUCCUCCUCUCAUGAUCUAGUCAUGGAAGGAGAUGAUGGUUGGAGCCCUUCUCUCUCCUCGGAUUCCCACGCCCUGGCAGAGACGGAUGCAGAGCUCACUCUGAUCCAUCUGAUGAGGGCGUAUGGGGAGGCUGAGGAGAAUGGGGAGAGGGAGCUAGGCGAGGUGCUUGUGGGGGCGAUAAAUGGCAAGAGUAGCCCACUUGGAAGCACAAGUGAGCGCGUUGCAUACAACUUGUUUGGAGCAAAGGAGGGCCGUGGAGAGGAGAACCUCAUGGCCGCGUUCAGAGUGAUGUACCAGGGCCUCCCAAAUGGGAGACUAGCACAUUUCACUGCGAACGCGGCCAUUCUUGACUCCAUCCCAGAUGAUGUUGGGAUGGUGCAAAUUGUGGAUUUUGACAUGGGAGAGGGGAUCCAAUGGCCUCCGUUGAUGGAGGCGUUGGGGCGGAAGGGGAAGGCCGUGAGGAUCACGUCGUUGAGAAGAGAAGAGGAAUGCACUUCUUCUUGUUGGAGGUUUGAGGACACCAAGAAAAGGCUUCUAUCACAAGGCAAGCAAUGUGGGGUGAAGCUCCAAGUUGAAGAAAAGAGUGUUGAGGAAGUUGGUGUUGAGAUGUUGAGGAUGAAGAGAGAAGGGCAGGGCAGAGAUUGGGUGGUGUUCAACUGCAUGGUGGGGCUUCCACACAUGGGCAGACGACGGCCUAGAGCGAGUGUGGAAGGAUUUUUGAAGGAAGGCAAGGCUAUGCUGGCUGGUUUUGGGGGCAUUGUGGUGCUCGGAGAUGGAGAAGCGAGGGAUGAUCCGGACGGCUGCUGCAGCUACGCCUCCUAUUUUGAUAGCAUGCAGAGGCAUUACCAAGGUGUGUUUGAAUCUUUGGAGAGGAAUUUUCCGGUUUAUCUUGCGGAGGCGAGGGCGGCCAUGGAGAGUCUGUUUUUGGGGCCUUUGAUGUGUCCGGUUGCCUGGUUCCGGGACUGGGAGGAGACGAGGAAAGGCCGCGAUUUUCACAACGAGACUCAGUUGGAAGGAAGGAAGCUUAGGUUGGACAGCUUGGUUGAAGCUAAGGAGAUGGUGGUUGAAGGGGAGAAUUCAUAUAGUGUUAAGAUAGAAGGUGUGAGGGAACAUGAAAUGGUGUUGCGAUGGAAGGAGACACCACUAGUUCGAGUUUCCACUUGGAUUUGA